AUGAUUACCAUAUCUAUCUAUUUAUCUAUCUAUCUAUAUAUCUAUCUAUCUAUCUAUCUAUCUAUCUAUCUGUGCGUCUUACUUAUUCCUUUAAAAAUACUAACAUCGCAACCACUUACCUAUACAGAGCGUAACUUCUUACAUCCACCCACCCUGUGUAAACUCCUACCACUACCCACCUCUACGCAACCAACGUAUACUGCUACCAUCAUCCACCGAUACCACCAGCCACCUCUAUGCAGUCAAUGUAAUCUCCCGCCUCUACCCACCGAGUGUAACCUCAUGCCACCACCACCUCUGCAUAACCAGUGUAUACUACUACCACCAACAACCACCUCUAUACAAUCAACGUACCUCCCACCGCCUCUAUACAACAAGCGUGUUCUCAUAGCAUCAUCCACCUCUACACAAACACCACAAUCUCCAGUACUUAUUCCGCUAUCUUUGCACGACCGGCAUCAGCGCUUCGAUUUUUCGGUAUGUUUUCUUCGUUGCCAACAUCAACAUUCAUUUCUGUGA